AUGGAACGUGCCUUCAACCACCAGAAGUGGGAUCCGAUACGAAAGGCGUACCCAGCAUAUCGAAAACUAUGGAAGGCAACUAUUCACGACCGCAUGCACAUCCGCCGCACCCCUCCUCCACCUGACAGUGAUGACUCGUCUCCUCCUCCACCUCGGCCCCGACGUUCGCCGCGCGAAAGACCCCCCACUCCCGUUAACCCCUACGACGCAGAGCGUGGAUAUUUCUCGAUACCGGCAACGGCAUUUUUCUGGUCAUCUCCUUCAAUGCCUCAUUUGUCGUCUUCUAACGAACUCAGCAAAGCGGACCAUUCCAAAGGCCAGGCUGCGGCCUCCCCGCAUUAUUUCACUGUUCUUCCGAUGCAAGAUCUCAUUAUUAUUCGGCCCUCGAUUUGGACCCCGCAUAUGCAUGAGGGUUACUGGCGCGCGUUUGAACACGGGUUUCCAUUCGGGGCAGAAAAUCAUGGCUUUCCUGGAUUCUGCGGAUGGAAAGGUUUUGCGAUCGAGUACGAUCCGAGCUGGGGCCAAAAGCCGGAAUUUGGCGCAUUUGGGCAUAAUCGCGCUACUUGGUGGGAUAAUGGUUCUUUGAAGUGGCCUGACGGUACUGUUGGUAUCUUCGACAUCAUAUACGAUGCCAUUUCAAACUUUUCCGACUAUGAGCAGAUUCAGACGAUUUGGCUCAUUGACUACCGACUCAAGCCUAAGCACCAUACACCCACAGCCAUUGGAAGGCCUGAUAACACUAAGAGGGUAUUUCAUGGAGGUGACGGGUGCCAGUUUGUGGAAAUAUAUUCGGAGUUUGUUGAAAGUGGUGGUGAUUAUCUUAAUGGGUAUUACACUGAGGGCAUUGAUCGUGAAAACUCUGCCAUGGGCGAAGGAUCGUGCCAUUGGUUUAUUGAAGAGUUUGAGGCUUGCAUGUUUGGGGAUCUCUACGACAGCGACGAAUCGGUCGAUUCUAACUACUCGAGGUAUCCUCCGCACAUUGGCCUGCUUGCUUGCCUGCCCUAA